ACGGGGAGGGGAUGUUUUGUUGCAGGACGAGAAAAAAGAGCGGAUUUCCUUUGCGGGUCGAACAUUUUGGGCCGAUUUCUUAUCUGUUUGUGCUGUUUGCAUGUGGGCUGCAAGAUUCAAUGGACUCGCCGGCCUGAAGUCCUGCAACUCUCGUCCCCAAAAUCAUCCCACGAAGGGAAGCUGUUGUCGCCGUGCAUUUUUCUCGUCUUCUGUCUGUGAGGAGACACUGAGCGCCUUUACUUCCUGCACGCUGCACGGUUGAAUCCCUUUGGCCGCCGAAUCCCUCGCACCCCCAGUCCCUCGUACCCCUCCAUACUACAACCUGCCAUCCGCACGGCGGCAUAAUCGACGCAAAAUGGGCCGCGAAGACCAGAUCGAAGAGCGCGAGGUGCUCGACUCGAUCUUCCCGGAAGAAAUUACAGGUGAAUACAAGAACCCCAAAGAAAAUAUCCACGGCAGCGACAUCUCCGACACCGCAUACCGGAUAUCGAUCGCUCUCGAAACGCCCGAGAAUGACGUCGAAGAAACGGAGCAACCGGUGCUGGUGCUGCAGGUGUCCUACCCACCUGACUACCCCGACGUGGCCCCGGAACUUGACCUUUCCGCCCCUCCCAACGCGCCCAAACACCCGCGACUAGAUAUCCAGGAGGAUCGCGACCAGCUGCUCGAGACCCUGCAGCCGGCCAUCGAGGAGAACAUCGGGAUGGCGAUGGUAUUCACGCUUGUGAGCGCCUUGAAGGAGAGCGCCGAGCAGCUCAUGUCGGAGCGGGUAAACGCCGUGCAUGCGCAGAAGGAGAGGGAAGCCGCCAAGGCCGAGGAAGAGGAGAACCGGAAGUUCCAGGGUACGGCGGUCACCAGGGAGUCGUUCCUAAAGUGGCAGGCGGGCUUCAAGCAGGAGAUUGAGGACGAGGAGAGGCGACAAAAGGAAGAAAAGGAGGCGGACGACAAGAGGUCUAAGACGAAGACGCCGGCGAAGGAGGAGAAGAAGAUGACGGGUAGAGAACUAUGGGAACGCGGAUUAGCUGGAAAGGCCGACUUUGACGAAGAUGAGGAGGAUUCUAUGCCGCCUGUGGAAAAGAUGAAAAUAGCUGCGUAG